CCACGCAACAUCAACAUCACUCACGAACGUGCUUGGUCUUGCAAGGAUGGCCCCCAACCUCGAAGUGACGUCGACGGCUGCGUCUGUGGCUACAUGGAGGGACCAGCGCGCCAUGGCAAUCACGUCGCCCAAGGGCAGUUACUCGUACAGCAGCGGCAACUACGGCAUGCGCCUGUCCAAGCCCCUGGAUCGCAAAGUUGCCCGACGUCCUGUCCCCGUUGCCAUCCCCGAGGUAUAUAAGGCGCGCGACCGACAAUGCGUCGGUGGCAAGAAGAUCCCGUUCACACGCUUCAACACGAUCGCGUGUCGUCGCAAAGCCCUCAAGGAAGACCUGGACACUAUCCACGAAUCGGUCUACUACACCGACGUCAAGUGGGACGACUUGAUCCCGAACCUCGACGACAUGCUUCACGUGGACCCACGACGGCACAUGGCAAUCACGUUCAUCCAGUGAAUGCCGCGGCGGCGCCCCCCUUCCGAUCCCCAUCGCCUACGUAACUUAUGGACGACAGCUAACGACGUCCGCUCCCCCGAAGGAAGGGCAACGUCAUACUUGAGGACGUCACUGCGCCCAAUCGACUCCACCAUGUUCGGUGCUCGUGGCGUAUGCACCUUACUUAAUAUAUAGGCUCCAGGAUCCCCACGAACCAACAGAGCGCGCUCGGCCA